CUUCAAUAAUUAACGGAUCAAAGCAGCAGUCUGGCAAAUUCAGGUCGUCCACGUCAGUGCCAGAGGAAGAACUGGUACGUACAUUUUCCCAGUUUUCAAUAGGUACGUGAAGAUACCCUGCAUAACUUUGACGGACAACAUCAAGGACGUACUAGAAAGUGUACAGUAUAGUUUUAUAGACGUAAUAAAAAUGAGUGUACAAGACGAAAACGAGUCAUUAGAUUUUCGGGAAGAAGUUAUUUUUUCAAGUGAUAUAGACGAAAGUGUUUAUAUUGAUCCGGAGGGUCGCACCGAAGAUUUGCCCAAGUCGCCCGAAGUGGAUCCCUCGCCAUCGACACCAAUAUCGAAAUCCCCCUCCGCAGUACUGAGAGAAAUUCCCAAGACCGCCUUUGGAAAAAUGGAAGACUGCUUGGAGGACGAUCUGACCUGCUUUGGAAAAUUUAUAGUCGCACUUCUCCGCAAAUUACCCGACAUGGACGCUUUGAAAUGCCAAAAUCAAAUUUACAACAUUCUGUCGUCACAAAAAUUGAGUAUUUUAAAAAAGGAACUUAGCGAAGCCCAACCGCCACCUGAAACGUCUCCUGUCGGAUCUCAUCACGAACUCAGCGCGUAUUCCAUCACGGAGUAUUAAUGUAACAAAAGAGUUUUUUAAUUA